AUGAUGUGCGAGAGAGUCCAAACGUCCUUAUCUAAACCAGCUGAUGCCCUCGCUACUUGGGAAGACGAAGGAGAAACCUUCUAUGUUCGCGAAAGGACCCCAGAUGACAUUACGGCAGAAGGGGACGCACAGUUUGGUAGGGUGUAUGUUGCUGGGGUUUCAGCCGCAGUUUGGUGUAUUGGACAAUGCUUUUUUAAAGUCCAUGCUUGGCGUGAGGGUAUGGAGCUUGAGUCUAAUAACAUUCAAUUUGUGAAAGACAAGGCACCUGAGGUUCCUGUGCCAGAUGUUAUUUAUAGCUGGAUUGAUCAUGAUAUCAACAGAAACUUUCUCAUCACCAAACGAGUCAGCGGACAAACCUUGGACCAAGCAUGGCCGCGACUAUCCUUAUCCCAACGGACCCAAGUUGCGAAGGAUAUUGCUAAUUAUAUUGUUAAGCUUGCUCUUAACACUGCACCUUCUUUUCAAACGAUCAAUGGCUACGGAGUUCGUGAGCCAUGGCUUCAGGAUAAGCCACCAACACAGCAUCCUCUCUGGCUGCCAAGAUUACUUGGCCCCUUAUCAGUACAGGAGAUGCAGGCUUAUAUGAUAAAAAUUUCAAAGGAACCCCCUCCUAGUGUCAGCCUGCUAUUCCACUUCUAUCAUGCCGACCUUGGACCAAAAAAUAUCAUUGUGCUAGAGGAUGGAAAAGUUUCUGGGAUUAUAGACUGGGAGUCUGCAGCUUAUUACCCACGUUUCUGGGUAGCAACCAAGACUUCUCUUGGAGCUUUCAAACUGGAAUGUGAAACUGAUAAUCAGCAGCUCUGGGGACAGCUUCUAGGACAGGCACUCGAACUCCAUGGCUACAAGCGACUGGACAUUGAGUUUCAAAAUUGGUACAAGGGUAUGGCUUGA